AGACUCGCACACGGCGGUCAGCUGUAGAAAACGCGGGAGAUGACUCUAUGUGUUUCGUCUGCCCGAGCUUGACGCUUCUGUUAUGUGUGUGCUCGCACGCCCUGCCGCUGUGCCCACGAUCCCCUCUUCACGUACCUUAAGCGCUGUCCCUGCUUGAAUCAGCUUUACAAAUUCCUGUCAAGUGACACACGAGCUGUACAGUACAGGUUUGUUAUUCGUGGUGACAGUGGCAAGAGAAGAGCUGUAAUGAAUCUGUCAAGACAAAAGGUUAAUGUAGCAGCAACAGAAUUGCAGGAUAGUUUGUUUGGCUCCAAUUUAUAAAUAGACCUAGUCAUGCUUUUGGAAUGGGCAUGGCUGUGGUAUCUUGAAACAUUUAGAAGUAAUCCAUGAACCAAAGGUAAAAUAAUUUCUAUCAAGUUUCAAAUGUGACAUCAAGUGUAGUGAAGCACCAAGGAAGCUGUGACAAGUAUUCUUGCUACAGUGCACUAGGAUGAGUACCAGCCAAACUCUAAGAGAAACAAGUAACAAUCCAGAAGGAAAUGAGAGCCAUACCUCAAAAAGAGCUGAAGAUCACACUCUGGAAAACAGUGACAGUCACAUCUCUGUCAGCAUGACCUCAGAGGAUUUGAUCUCAAAGAAUGGCAGUUCAGGUGAAGCCACCAUGCCCUCAGGAGAAGUACUCUCAUCAGUGAUAAAUGAUAAAAGAUGCCUGUCUACCUCAAAGAGAGAAGCAUCAAUAAUUACUCGAGACAAGCAGCAAGAGACUCCAACCACCACCACUACCACUGCUACUGUCUAUGCCACCACCACCACAACAAUGGGAGCACUUAUCACAAGUGACGCCAACACAAGGACACAGGAAUCUACAGCCUGCCCAGUGACCAGCACACCACCACCACCAGAGUGCACUGACAGGCAUGGAGAAAUGUGGCCCAUAUUACAGAUGCAGGAAAUGGAAAGUGCUGGUGAAGGAGAGAUGGAGGAAGGUCCCUCACCGUCUUGCUCACAACUUUUCCCAGAUAUUGUGGAAUUCAGUGUUCCACAAUGUUCCCCUGAUGUGGUUCUUGAUGUUGAAGAGCCACAGAUUCUUCUUGAGAAGAUUGUGCUUCUGAUUGACAGACAAGAUGCUUAUUUGAAAUCUUUUUCCUUCUCAAAUGUGCAUCAGAUCUAUAGUCCAAAAUUAAAUUUUGGAAAUGCUUUUGAUAUGAUCAAAACGACUUUGCCUGUUUUUCCUAAAAACACCCUUUUUGUGAUGUUAUGUGGAACAAUGUCUGCCUUGAGACAAGUUAUCAAUGAAAAGUGUUUCCUUCUUCAAUGCAAAGAACCUUUAUAUAACUACACAUUGCAAGAAUUCAAAGCCCCAAACCUAGGUGAGUUUCUUAUCAGUGAAGCAAAAAUAUUGAGAAAAAAUAUCAUGGAGAUGAAUAAUUGUGAUGUGAUCUUUACUGGAGUACUGCCAAUCAGGAUUAACUGUGCUGAAACACAUGAAGCAACCAAGCACUAUACCCAGACUGGCCACCAGGUGAAGCUUGCAUACAGCAGACAUGAUGCCCUGUAUGCCCAACUAUGCUCUGGCCUGAGGGAGUUCAACAGAUGGGCCAAGACAGAUGCAGCCUCCAAGGGAUUUCCUCAGUGGAACUUAGUGGACAGGUUUACUGCCAGUGAUGCAAUAGACAGCACCCAGCACUUUGUACACCCCACCCAGGCAGAUGGGGUGACCCUGACAGGGGAGUGCAUGCUGCAGCGACGUUUGGCCAUCAGGAUCAGGCUUAGAGAGACCUUCCUCAGAGCCAGAAAGACAUCACAGUCAAUGAAGCCACCAUGUGCCACUGCUGAUGAUGAGGAGGUGCGGGUGGUGGCAGUGUUACCCAGGCAGUGCAACUACAAGCCUGAGACUUUCAUGCAAGCUAGUGAGACAGAGCUGGAUGAGGUAGUUUUGCUUGCAGACCAGAUGUACAGAAGCAACCUGAUAACAUUGGCAAUGAAGAGGAUGUCUUUCAUUACUCAGGUGAAUCUUUCUCCAAAAAAUAUUGCCAAGGUAGUUGAGAGGUACUACUCCAAAGUUUCCAAGGACAGGAAGAUCACCUGGAUUCUCUGUCUUGGUAUUUAUAACUUUGUUGAUAGAGAAUACAAACAUGUGUGCUCAACUAAUAAAUGUAAAAAGAAGCUCAUAAGCAUUGUAGAUGAGAAUACUAAAGGACACUUGUAUCAAAAGAUCCAGAGUGCAUUGUCCACCAUAAAUAACUUCAAGAGUGCCCUGAAGAAAGCCUUGCCAAAGAAGGCAACAUUAAUGUUGGCACCUCCUUUGCCAAGUGUGUUACUAGACACAGACCCAUAUCAACAGAAUCAUGGUCAAUUACAUAAAAUUGCCAUGAAUCAUCACCUGUAUCUCUGUUCAUCUCUCAAUUAUUGUUUUAUAAGGAGAUUUUAUAUGCAGAUGUUUGAUCUGUGGAUGAACACGGUUAUGAAGCUAGAAGGAGGCACAUGUGCAGAGCUGAUGAACAGCUACAUUACUGCAUAUAAAGACAAAAGUUUGGGACUGGUUAAUGCAAGUCACUCUAACAAUCAUAUCAAGAUCCUCAUUAGAUAUGGCAGGGAAUGGAAUAACAUGAUGACAGAUGUGAUAUCUGCAACUUUGAUUUCCAGCAAUGUUGUUACUGGUUUGAAGGGACUGCAGUGGUCUCUAUAUCUUUCUAGUUUGUCAAAUGUAAUUCAGCUUGAGUCAUCACAAAGUAGAGGGAAGAUUUUGACUUUUAUUCUGCAGAACAAACCUGACAAGACUGAUUACAAUUUCAAGCAUGUGGUAGUUGUGGGAAACCAAAUGCCAGUUGAACUUGAAGAGCUGUGCCAGAGAUUAUCAAUACAUGUGGUUCCACAGAGAAUGACAUUUGAUGAGGCAGGGAAGGCUCUCCUUACCAAAUAUGAAAAGUUUUGGCCCUGCAACACCCUUUGGGUUAUACUCACUGAUGUGCUUCAUCUUUCUGCUGCAAAACCACUCCAAGCAUGUGAAGCAGUAAAGUGCAAAGAACCUAUCCCAUUCUUUGGCACAGAGAUGCCAUCCAACAAAAAUGCUACCAAAUGGCAAUCUUACAUUAAAGUGAAGAUUGAUAUUUUCAUUGCUAAAGUCCAAAUCUAUUUUCAAUCUUUAAUUGAGAAACUUGGGGAGGAGUCAGCAGUGUUUUUGCCUCCUGUGACUCCUAUUUUCCUGAUGCGACCAGAUUCACAAGAGAGUCACCAAACUUUGCAUGCCAUGUAUAAGAAUUGUGGGAAAAUAGCCAUGGUGAGUGGGAAACCUGUUAAGUGGAAAUUAGCUUACUCACUUUUGAAGAAGGCUUGGUUGGAGAUGUUGGAGCCUUUCCUAGAAAACUAUUCUGUGCCAAAGAGAAUCGUACAGCUCUACUCAACAUCUGACCCCAAUCAAGACUGGAUCAAGACUCUAGGAAAACUUCUGGUUCACUUUGCCACCCCCAUUAACAUUGAUGAGUGUGAAGCAGUGUUCAGCGAUGCAGAGCUCUCAUCAGGGGAGGAGGACAUGAUAGAGGAUAUGGAAGCUACAGCAUCAGCAACAUUAUCAGUCCCAACUUGCUCCCUUCAGGCUAUGAGCACACUACCAACACAGACACAGGCAGCAGUAGGGUGGGGAGUGCAGCAUGAACUAGAAAGAACGCUAAGGCAGCAGCAACAGAACAAGGAAGCUUUCAUGUGGAGUACAGCACAGAAGCAGAGGCAAGUGAAAGAGAAAGAACAGCAGCCUCACAGGACAAAUAGAGAUUUCACCACAUCCAUCACAGAAGAGAGGCAAAAGAAAAAGACAGGUAAGGGUGAGAUUUUACAAGGAGGUAAGAAAAAUCAGAAGACUUCAAGGAAAGAGAAAGGUCAAUUGUCUCCCAGUUCAAAGAAAAGACAAUUGAAUGAUGAGAUUGACAAGAGUCUGCAGCCACUCAGAAAAAAGGUAUGUAAAGAGACUGCCAAAACAAAGAAAGGUCAGCAGCCUCUCAGCCUACAGAAGGAUCAGGAAUCAUGUGAGAAGAAAACAGGGAAAGCUAAUGCAAAGCAAGGCAAAGUUCAGGAGACUUCCAAGCAAGGAAAAAAUAAGAAUACUUCUAAGCGAAGAAAACAUGUGAGGCCUUCCAGGCAAAAGAAAGAUGAGCAGGCUUCCAAGCACAGAAUAUGUCAAGAGACUUCUGAGUCAGGAAGAAAUAAGAAAGAGGAAGGUCAGGAGACUCCCAUACAAGGAAGAUGUCAUGUUAUCACUCAGAUGGAAAAAGAUAAAGAAACUCCCAUGGAUGGAAAAGAUCAAGAGACUUCCACAGAAGGAAAUGAUAAAGUUACUAUAAAGAUGAAGGUAGUGCACAAGUCUCCCAUACCAAAGAGAGGCCAGGUCACUGUCAAGAUGGAAAAAUGUCAAAAAAUCUGGGGGUCAGAGGAGAGUGAGCAACUUCAGGUAAGAAAGAAGGACCAGAUGACUGUCAAGAUAAAGUCAGACCAAAGCAUUGUAACGACAGAGCAGUUUAAAGACGUUACCAAGUCGGAAGAGUUUGAAGACAUGGAAAGUUCUAAGGGAGUUUUGUGGUCUGCCCAUGAAAUUGAAAGAGGUGAUGCAGACCAGUAUUUGAGCGACCUUGAGAAAGAUGCAUGGAUCAUCUUGUCACAAACUGAUGAGAACAAGAACAUCAGGUCUUCAGAGAGAGAUCAUCUGACCAACAACCUUGAGGAUACCACUGCUACCUCAGGAAUACCAGCUCAGAGCCAGACCCUUAUUUCCAAGACAAAGGGUCCUCUAACAGAACCUAGCAGCUGCAGUACAACCUUGAUAUGGGUCCCUAAAUCAAAGGAACCUGAAAGUGGCUAUUGUGAGGAUGAUAUUUAUGAUACUGUGGCUGGAAAUGGACUAUGGGGAGAUAUGGAUGUAAGUGACAUAAAACAGAGUGCAAAAGAAAAUUGUUGUGAAAAGGAUAUGGAUGUAAGGAGUUCCAAAGAAGACCUAGAAAAAGGUGGAUCCAAACAGAACACUGAACAGAGGAACUUCAGGAUACACUUGGAUGGAAAGGGACUCAAAGAAAACAUAGAAGAAAAUGGACUUAAAGAAAAGUUAAGUGAAAGCGGCUACAAACAGAACACAGAAGAACUUGGGCCUAACCUUGUUGUCUGGGAAAGUGAUACUAGAAAGGACACAGAAAACAGUCACCUGAAACCAGCAAUGAAACAUAGUAUCCCCGUGCAAGAGAUUGAACAAAUUUGCCCUAAACAGAAUGCUGAAGAAAGUCACCCUGAAAAAUAUGAUGAACAACAAAACCAUAAAAGUAACAGGGGUGAAAAUGUUUUGAGCCAGGGAGACAGGCCAUCUGAUUUUGAAGUGGCAAGUAAUCCAGAUUCUAUAGAAACAGUACCCUUGCAUUUAGAUAAUGUAGAGCAGGAGUACAUUUUCAAUCUCUCUGAUGACUCUGACAUCUUUGAGUGUGAGCCUGAGGAUGGUGCGGGAGGGAAAGACUUGGAUAUUCAGAUGGUUGCUUUUCCUGCGGGCAGCAAGACUCCGGGGGAUGUGGAGGAGGUGACUUCUUUAUCCAACUGGAAGAGAAAGUUGUCAUCCUUUGGCCAAGAUUCACCUGUUCCCUCACACUCUUCAGAUCGCCACAGCUCUGAUUCAGACCAGAUGAAGAAUUUGUUCUCAAUGCUGGAGGAAAGUAUCAACCAGACAUACCAGGUCAACCUCCAGACCUUUAUGCAGGUUCCAGAAGUCCACCCUGACUAUGAGGCUAAGCAUGCUGAAUUCCUUGAAUCCUACAGAAAACAAUAUGAUGGAAAGGAACACGAUGAAGAGCAUCAUGAGAGAGCUUGGAGGGAGUUUUGGGAGAACACUGUGGGAAAGCAACUACAUGAAGAUUGGGAAAAAAGCAAGAAAGAACUUCUUGAGCAAUUCAGAGUCAUAGAAAGCAGCAGUAAUAACAGUAAUAGGGAGGGUCAGCCUAAGCAAGUGAAAAAAGAUGAAAGAAAUAAAGAGAAUGAAGUGUUUGAGAAUAACACCUCCAACCCUCAGCCAUUGCUCAGUGUUUGUCAGAAGCAGAGUAAGCCAUCACCACUAUUGAAAAACAGGUUCCCAAAGACAAACUCCAAACAUUCGAGUGACGAAUGUUUGGAACGAACUUUCUGUGAGACGAAUAUCAAGCAGUGUAAGCAACUCUUGUCUGAGAUCAACAUGGAAAUGACAAACACUGAACUAAAGCAGCAAGUUCUCCUGUUUGACAUGAGUAAAGUGAUGAUAAAUGACACCAAGAAGAGGGUGCACCUGAUUCUCAGCAGCUUCUCUUUGCUGUCUGAGCUUGGCCGGUCCCUGGGCAGCCUUGCCCCAGCAGUGGUACCGAUCAUUAAGGCCAUUCUGGACAAGGAGGUUGACUCAGAAGAGGCCCUUAACAUCUUGGCCAAAAAAGACAAUGUGGAGGUGUUUAAAAAGUGCAUUGAAAAGUUGAUGCUUUUGAGUGAGAAAGCCAUUGGGGCAUACAAAAACAAACUUCUCAAAUGUGUGAAGGAUACCAUUGCACUCCUUGAGAACGUGACCACGAGCAUGAAGACUGUCAGGGUGGUAUGGAGCCUGGAUAUCCCCAGCAUUGCCAAGGCCACUGCCUGCCAGGACAUGACACACAUCCUACAGUUCAUCAGGGACAUCCUAACCAGCAAGGGUGUGCAUGACCCAUCCAGGAGCAUGCUGAAUGAACUGUUUCUGGCAGUGUCCUCAGAACACUUUAACUUGGCCAUCCAAAGCCAGCCACCUGCCUCACUAGACUCUAGUAAAUAGCAUUAACUCUCUCUCUCUCUCUCUCUCUCUCUCUCUCUCUCUCUCUCUCUCUCUCUCUCUCUCUCUCUCUCUCUCUCUCUCUCUCUCUCUCUCUCUCUCUCUCUCUCUCUCUCUCUCUCUCUCUCAUACUCUGUUUUGUGGAUCAUUCCAAGAAAGAGAAAGAGGAUAUGUCAGAAUGUUAUCACUAAGAAGUGACGUAUAAUGUUAAUGUACAGGCUGUUACUUACUGAGUUUUCACAUACUAUGCUCAAACAUACCAUAAGCUAUAUUUUCUUAAUUGACUUUUCAGGCUUAAUGAACUGACAGGAUUCAUAUUUUUUUAAGUUCAGUAUCCAUUCCAAUGGGAAAUUACCAAGUAUAUAAGCCUGAGGAAGUGUGUAUUUAGCACUAUCUUAGACUGAUGAGAUAUGUGCCAAGCCAUGAGACCUGAAUGACACAUAAGUGCAAACUAGUUUAGUUAAGUAAUUUUUACAAUGUAUUUUUUUUAAAGAUGUGAUAUGAAUUAUAUGUAACUAUACAAGUGUUUCAUUACUUCUUCAGUGUACCAAAGGUUUCUUAGCAUAAAGUAUUUGUUAGCUAAUUGUACAAACAAUUGAAGAUAAUGUUUCAAAUUUCAGAAUUUAGGUUUGAGGGAAUUUUUUGUGCAGGCAACUUAAUGUAACCUUUAACAUUGAAGUGCUGGGGCUCACUAAGGAGGUGCAGAUUGACAAGAAGAGACAUUAGAGCAAAUGGUGAUGUCCUGAAAAUUACUUAUACAUAUUAGGAAGUUUAAGUAAAAGAAUUGUGCUGAUUCACUCUGUUUUAUGUUUUAUACCAUAGGGAAUAAAUUAGGAUGCAGCAAUGUAAUGAAAGGCAUGAUGUGGAUAGUCUGUGCCCUCAAGCAGCAUGAAGAUUGCCACAUUACUUUGCCUUACAGUCAUCAUUUAUGUAUAUUUUUCACUGUACUUCAUCUUUCAUACCAUUUUUUUUACUCUUAUUUUGUAAAUCAUACAUUCACAAAGGAUAGAAUAACCUUUUAGUUUAUCACAGAAUGAGUUGAGAGAAGUGACAAGGAGUUGGGAGCCCAGUAGUGAAGUGAGUGCUGUGCCCAGCCAUGAAAAUUGAUUACAAAAUAGAGAAAUAACAUGCUCCAAAAUAUCUGUAAGGAGCAGUUUGUAUUCGAGGAUUUUCCGUAAAUUUAUAAAGUGAUGAUUUAUAAA